AGGAUAUUGCAGAGCGCACUGGAGCCCUGGCCAGCGCGCAGCCUUCCCGGCGCCGGCAGGCUGGGUCUUGGGAAUUCUGGUUUGCUUUGGCUCACUCGCUUUUUACAAACCACUGGAUCUUACAUGCCUCUGUACCCCCCACUUCCACUCCAUGUCCCCAUGCUCCUGCGCCAGCAACAGGACAUGUUCUCUGGAUGUCAGCUGAGUUAUUAAAGUAACUCUGCAUGUCAGCAGACAGACCUUGGUAGAACCCCGAGGCUCCCAGAGACACCCAUCUCUCCUCAUUUUUUGUGUGUGUGUGUCUUCACCGAACAUUCAAAACUGUUUCUCCAAAGCGUUUUGCAAAAACUCAGACUGUUUUCCAAAGCAGAGGCACUGGAGUCCCCAGCAGAAGCGAUGGGCAGUGUGCGAACCAACCGCUACAGCAUUGUCUCUUCAGAAGAAGACGGUAUGAAGUUGGCCACCAUGGCAGUUGCAAAUGGCUUUGGGAACGGGAAGAGUAAAGUCCACACCCGACAACAGUGCAGGAGCCGCUUUGUGAAGAAAGAUGGUCACUGUAACGUUCAGUUCAUCAAUGUGGGUGAGAAGGGGCAACGGUACCUCGCAGACAUCUUCACCACGUGUGUGGACAUUCGCUGGCGGUGGAUGCUGGUUAUCUUCUGCCUGGCUUUCGUCCUGUCAUGGCUGUUUUUUGGCUGUGUGUUUUGGUUGAUAGCUCUGCUCCAUGGGGACCUGGAUGCAUCCAAAGAGGGCAAAGCUUGUGUGUCCGAAGUCAACAGCUUCACGGCUGCCUUCCUCUUCUCCAUUGAGACCCAGACAACCAUAGGCUAUGGUUUCAGGUGUGUCACGGAUGAAUGCCCAAUUGCUGUUUUCAUGGUGGUGUUCCAGUCAAUCGUGGGCUGCAUCAUUGAUGCUUUCAUCAUUGGUGCAGUCAUGGCCAAGAUGGCAAAGCCAAAGAAGAGAAACGAGACUCUCGUCUUCAGUCACAAUGCUGUGAUUGCCAUGAGAGAUGGCAAGCUGUGUUUGAUGUGGCGAGUGGGCAAUCUUCGGAAAAGCCACUUGGUGGAAGCUCAUGUCCGAGCACAGCUCCUCAAAUCCAGAAUCACUUCUGAAGGGGAGUAUAUCCCUCUGGAUCAAAUAGACAUCAAUGUUGGGUUUGACAGUGGAAUCGAUCGUAUAUUUCUGGUGUCCCCAAUCACUAUAGUCCAUGAAAUAGACGAAGACAGUCCUUUAUAUGAUUUGAGUAAACAGGACAUUGACAAUGCAGACUUUGAAAUCGUGGUCAUACUGGAAGGCAUGGUGGAAGCCACUGCCAUGACGACACAGUGCCGUAGCUCUUAUCUAGCAAAUGAAAUCCUGUGGGGCCACCGCUAUGAGCCUGUGCUCUUUGAAGAGAAGCACUACUACAAAGUGGACUAUUCCAGGUUCCACAAAACUUACGAAGUCCCCAACACUCCCCUUUGCAGUGCAAGAGACUUAGCAGAAAAGAAAUACAUCCUCUCAAAUGCGAAUUCAUUUUGCUAUGAAAAUGAAGUUGCCCUCACAAGCAAAGAGGAAGAUGACAGUGAAAACGGAGUUCCAGAAAGCACUAGUACGGACACGCCCCCUGACAUAGACCUUCACAACCAGGCAAGUGUACCUCUAGAGCCCAGGCCCUUACGGCGAGAGUCGGAGAUAUGACUGACUGAUUCCUCCUCUGGAAUAGUUACUUUACAACACGGUCUGUUGGUCAGAGGCCCAAAACAGUUAUACAGAUGACGGUACUGGUCAAGAUGGGUCAAGCAAGCGGCCACAAGGGACUGAGGCAAGCACAAUGGUUUCAAAGAAAGACUGUAAGCUCCAUGAUUAGCAUAAAGCACUAACCAUGCCUCCAUUGUGACCCAAUGGCACAUAGAUGUUGUAGAAUAAGUUAUGGGUUUUUAUGUUUUGUUUUGUGUUUUUCCAAAACUUGAACUUGCAGGCAAGCCUUGGUUGGGUAUUUGAUUUAUCCAGAAUGCUUCUCUUUAGGGAACAAGGAUGUUUUUAAUGGCAUAACAAAGGCAAGACUCUGCCUUAAUUUUUGAAAAGCUGCUAACUACAUGAACACAAAUGUGUAUUUUUGUUGCAGUGUAGUUUUCCUUCUGUGUAAUUUUAAAGUCAGUGUUGAACUUGAUUGAAAGCUCAUGAUGCGCUUCAAAGUGGCAAGUAUUUGGCUAUCAACUGCCAAAACAAGAGCCUGAUUUUUUGAGGCCAGUAAUUUGUUUGCUAGAAUUGAUUUUUUUUCUCUCUCUCUUUGUUACAUAAGGGCAUUAUGUAACACUAGCCAAAUGGUAGCCUCUGGGUUGUUGUUGUUUUUUUUUUCCUCCAUGAUGUUAAUGGGUUAUCUCAAAUUUUAAGUUAAACUACCUAAAAUAAAUACCAAAGAUAAUGCAUAUUUUUGCACAGUGGAGCUUACACUUAAAAGAAAACAAAGCCCCAUGGGCUGCCUUGAAAUCAAGAGACAAUAACUUUGAACCUCAGCAAGACCUUGAACCGCCGGUUCAUUUUGCACCUUAUUCAGAAAAUAGAGCAUCAUACUCACCGAGUCUAGUCAGUGUAGUGCUUUUUAAAAUUUUGUCCUUUCAUGUAACUUUUUUUUAUUUUAAGAGGAAGAAGAAGAAAGGGGCAGUAAAAUUCACAUACACACAAUACCAACAUCCAUCCUUUCCUGCUAGGCAGUGCUGGCCAGGCUCAUGUGUAGUGUGCGAGAUGGUGAUGUACUCUUACAUGUUUCUGGGCCUUCCCUUUUGCACAUUCCAAAAUUCAUUUCAUAAGAUCUUCAUAGGACCUCCUUGGCAUCCUGGCAUUCUCAAAACUGAGCCAUCCAGCAUGAAAGAUAAAUGGGUGUAAACCCUUGCUGCUGAAUUUAUUGCCUGGACUGUCAGGACAUCGCCAGCCCACCUUCACCUUAGAGGAGAUGCCACACCUGGCCUCCACGCUUGUUCCUCUGAUCAGUCUGUCUGGAGUGAGUCCUACAGUGUCAGAUAGAGCGGUGAAUGCCAAAGCGGGGAAACGGGGAGGUGUGGACAAACCAAUCUGAUGCAGCACUUCAGAUCAAGUAUUUAGGAGGAAGAGGAAACUUGCCUUUUUUAUGGCAGAGGAGAGUAAUGAAAAUGUCUCAGUAUUUUAGGGUCAAAGAGAGUCAUAAAAAUACAACAUAAUGACAAGUAAAGGAGAUAAUGGUCUAAAAAGGCUAUUUCCCUUUUCUGUGUGCAUACUUAUGAUUGAAUGUGAGCUAAGCAUUGUCUCCUGUGGAGCCCUAGAGCAGGUUACUAAGGAAGGACACAUUGUUUUCCAGAAGCCUCCCCUGCCUGGCUGACUGCCUUGCUAGACACAUUUUUUUUUUUUUUUUCUCACUGUAGCUCAAUAAUGGAACUCUUUUUUUGUUUUUUUUUUUGUUUUUUUUUUAAUUUAAAAUUCCCUAUUUGUGAAUUCUGGGGUUACUGACUUUUCUUUUUAAUUGGAGUCUCAAAAUCAACUCUCUUAUGGUAUUAUAUCUCUGUAUGCCAUUAAAAAACAGCUUGUUCUAGAAUCACAUAUUUUGUAAAUUGAUGUUUGUGAUGGUCUCUGGUUCUUGAACAGCCAUAUCUGAAUGCCGUGCCUGCAAAACUAUGACAAUUUUUGCUGUUUUCAGCCUUCAGAUUUGAUGGCUUUGAAAACUGAGGUGUUAUUUUCAAUGAAACCGAGAAAGAGAUGUUAAGCAAGUGGUUGUUUUAGAUCCAAAUGUUAAGGCAGGUUUGGGAAGGUGUUUAAAGAGUUGGAGGAAUUGGGGAUUGAGUGGACAAGAAAACUUACAGAAGAGGCAACAAUUUGGUUCUUGACAGUGAGAGGAUAUUGAGGGCUUCAGCUGCUGCUAUUAUGAUGUUUUGCAAAGGAAAAUAAUCAAACCAAAGAGUAUUCAGUGAUAUGUAAAUUAAAUGAAGAUACAGUGGAGAAUGGGGGUGGCCACAAAAGAGGCUCCCCCUAAACACAGAGUGCUGCCACUUAAAAAGACUUGAGAAAUUUGAAAGGGGGUGGGCAUGGGGGGGGGGCAAGAAAGAGGGAGGGAAAUCUUUCAACUUAUUUCUGAAAAAGAGAAAAAAAUAUAAAAUUUCUGGUGCACAGGUUUGUUUUUUCAAGAAAAUUUUGCAGAAGCUAUGUUUUUAAAGUGUACAUUUUAUAAAGUUUAUCAGAUAUUUUCAUAUUUAAAGCCAAAUGUAAAUAGAGGUCUGUAAAGAAAAAUAAUUGCCAUAGAAAGUAUAAUGUCAGUACAGCAAUGUCUGAGAGCUAGUACCUAUAUGCUACGGGUUAGCAUGGUUUUAGCAAAUAUAUACCAGCCUUAUAAGGUUCGUAUUGCUAUGUUCUUCUGUUAUUUAUUUCAGCAUGGACUGUUCAUUUGAAACCUUUUUCUAGUUAUUAGCAUUUUAACAGUUACAAGCUUUAAAUGGCAAUUUUUUCUUUCUUUCUUUUUUUUUUUUUUUUUUUUUGUCAAGAGCCAAGACACAGGUAAUGCACGACAUUCAUUGCUGCAUUUUACCUUCAAAAUAUUUGUCCUUCUUGACUGGGUCUCCUUAAUUAGUGUACACAUGUCAUUAGAAUGCAGAUGGAGGGGACUCACCGUGAAUAUCUGGGGUCAAUUCCCAGAUGUGUGUUGCUUCUCUAUUGCAAGCAGAUUCCCUGUUGAAUUUACUUAGGAUUUAUUCCCUUUUAAAGAAUUUUUGCCCAUAUCUGGAAGGGCACUAUAUUUUUGGGGGGAGCCAUAGAUUCCUGGUUAUCCUAUUUUUAAAUAAAAUGUAGACAAAGUGAAUUCUAUUUUGAUUAUUGAGAAAGGAGUAGUUUUCUAUCCCUCUAAGAGUAUACUUGAAUCAGACAUUUUAAGGAUGUCACUAUAGCACUGUUGUCAUUUUCAAAUUCCUAGAAAAGUUUGUUUUACUUUGUUUUUAUUCUGUUAAUGCAUUCUUUCUUCUCUUUACUUCCUUUCUUCCCAAUACACUCCUACCCCAAGUCUUGAUGUUUAUUUGAUGAGCUCUGUCCCGUAAAUCGUAUUUCCCUUACAAUUAAUAAAUGUCACUUCAUAUUUUAUAAUAAACCACUCAGUAAAAGCAAAAGCUUGUCCUGAGAAGUAGAGUGAGUUCUUUUUCACUCUGUGUCUAAUAAUGUUCAGGUGAAAAAAAAAAGUGUGGCAUAGUUACCUGCCCAUCCCUAACCCUCAGCAAAGUAGAAUCUCUUUUCUAGUAAUUUUGAGUUUCAGCUCUGGGCUCUGGCAAGUUGAACAAUCCUAGCCAUUGACAAUCGUGAUAGUUAUUAUUUUCCCAUUUGCUGUCUUUUUGUAUCUAAAGUCUUCCUAUUGUACUGCACAAACCAUGGAUUGUACAUAUUUUUAUAUAUUAUGUCUUAUUUUAUUAUUUCUAAAUAAAAAAAUUAAAAAUUGAAAACAAAUUGGUGGAAGAAUCUUUGGGCUUCCUGUAUGAUUACUCUAGAAACACCAUAAAGCAAAUGUUCCCAAACAAUAGAACAUAAACCCUGAGAGGUUAGAUGAAUAGAGCCAUAGAAAUGGCAACAGACAGGUGCAGUGGGGUGGCAGAUUAGUUUAAUUCAAGUUUGAGGAAGUCAAGCUCAUAUUUUGUUUUUGGAUACAACAGCCUAGGUAGAAAGGGAAUAGAAAAGACCAAUAAACUAGCCCCCCCCCAAAAAAAAAAAACUAACAAAAAUAUUAUGAAGUUUAGAUUUUGAUUCUCUGUUUAAUGGGUGAUAAUGUGUAGUUACUCUUUAUUGAGUCUCAACUAUGUGUAGAGUUCUUGCAUUACCUAUUAUUUUUAUCUCAUUCCCACAGAAACCAAAUCAGGAUGUUAUUCUUUUGUAUUAUAGAUUAAGACUUGGCAAAUAAGUUCUGUAAAGGGCCAGGCAAUAAGUAUUGUUUGGCUUUAUGAACCAGAGGGUCUCUGUCUCAAGUAUGCAAAUUCAGCCUUGUGAUGUGAAAGCAGUUACAGACAGUAUGAAAACAAAUGGUAUGGCUGUGUUUCAAAAAAGUUUUACUAACUUCUACAGCCAGCGGGCUAGAUUUGGCUCAUGGCCAGUAGUGUGUUGACCCCUGUUUUAGGUGAAGAAACCGAGUAUGAAUUUUAAAGCUAAUGAAUCAGUGAGGUAGUAUGUGAAUUCCAGUUUUACCUGCAUCUAAACCUAAUUUUAUCCACUCAAUUAUAUAUCGUUUCAGGUCACAAAGCUACCAAGGAUAUGUAGUCCCAAAGGAAAUGCCACUUUCUCUGGCAGAUUUGAAAUAAAUAAAAUGUUUUUCAAGGUUGGAAAUACGGAGAAAAUUUGCAUUCUAAAAUAUGGGUUGUACCUUGCUAUUUUUUCUUUAAUAUGGUAAUUAUUAUUUAUAUUUCAAAUAUGACUCUAAAUCCUUUCUAAGUACUAAAUAAUUUAGUCUUAACAGCAACUCUAUGGAAUAGGCUGUAUUAUUAUCCUCAUUUAAGAAAUGAAGAAACUAAGGCUCAGAGAGGUUAAGCACCUUGUCCAAGUACGUAUAUGAAUUAUUAGUGCUGAGACUUAAACUGAGGCCACUCAAUACUAGGUGGUGGGUUUUUGUGACUACUCUAUGCACUUUCUUUUCGUACAUAUGCUUGGUAAAAGCUUCACCAUUUAAGGCCUUUCUGCUUUUCAGUUUUUAUCCUUUUCAUUAAUGAAAAUACAUCCUUUUUGUUUGCACAGCAUACAUUAGUGCAGAAUUCUUGCCUUGUUCAUAACCUGUUCCUAAAUUCCUCAUUUAAUGUUUGGUGAGAAGAGAACAACUUACAAGGAGUAGAAUAAUUACAAACACUGGUUGUGGGAUUUGGGUAAGUUUCAAACUUAAGAUUAAUUUCAAUUAACGAGGAAUUGUUUAGGUCUGUCUCCAGGCGAAACCACAAAGUUCUGUUACUAACCAAGCUGCAGGCACCCGACCACAUUCACACUUUUGCUUUCUGCCCAUGACAGCCAAAGGUGUAACACAAUCCUCUGGGCAAUUGAGAUAAUUAAGCAAGACCGGUUAUGGUAACGCUAGGCAGUGAGUUGCAUGCUAUAAAGGCCUCUAUUUUUUAUUUUAUUAAAUACGUAUACAAAAAGAAAAGGCAAGGGUGGAAUUUCAGAGUCCUUUUGCUUGGACUGUCUUUUGAGUGACAAGUGAGGCAAGACCUCCAAGCUCUAGCCUUCAGAAGCAGCAGCUUCCCAGGUCAUACCCACAAAGAAAAAAACAAAUUUCCGUCUAGAAAUGUUCAUUUUCAAGCUAGCAAAACUGAUUAAAUAAAUCAUAUUUGUUUGCCCAAAUUUGAGUGAGUGAAUAAAUAAACACAUAAAUAAAUAAAGGACGGCUAGCUCUAUGUGCUUUAAAUGAAGUAAAGAACCAAAUCCAUGAUCAGCUUGUUUCAGGACCUCAGUGUUUCUUCAGAAUAUUUCAGACCAUGGAGCUGAGUGACCUAAUGAUUAGUCACUAUCUGAGGGUUGUUAUAAUGAUUUUAUAAAAA